AAACCUUGUCAACUUGUUCUGAUUACAAUGUUGGAACAGUCUUCAAUUAUAGAUUCGUUCAUAUUUUUUUUACAUCAAUAAAAAAUCGAUGAAGAGUCCCCAAAUAUGUAUUUCAUGUAUAUUGAUCGGAAAUUUAACUAGAUACCUUUUUCUCAGAGUUUUAGUCUUUUAUACUAUAUAUACAUGACAUGACUCAAAAAAUGACCUGUAUGUAUCAAGAAUAAAGGAGGGAAAUGUCCGUUUCCUGAGAAUCCCAUCUUGUCAUGAACAUGUCAUCAAAACUUCCAAACAGAGAUGAAUGCACGUACACAAAAUGUUAUUGUGAAGAAAAUGUGUGGAAACUAUGCAAGUACAUUGAAGAUAGUGGAAAGAUAGAACUCUUAUCCAAUUCAUAUGCAAUAUUCAUUUCAAAUCAUGAUCGCACAAUUCCUUUGUGGAAACAAAAAGCGUCAAAACGAAGUGAUACAAUGGUGAUGUGGGAUUACCAUGUCAUCUUAUUUGUUGAAAAUGAAAGUCUCAUAUAUGAUCUUGACACAAUGCUGGGAUUUCCUUGUUCAUUGGAGGAAUAUGCAACUGAAGCAUUUAACUUUAAUAUGAAGCUCAAACCACAAUUCGAAAGGUUGUUGAGAGUUGUUCCUGCAACUGAGUUUUUAAAAACUUUCGCAUCUGAUAGAACUCAUAUGCUCACUGAAGAUGGAGAAUGGACGUCCCCUCCUCCUGAUUAUCCCCCUAUUAGCUCUUCUUCAUCGACCAACAACUUGCAGAGUUUUAUCAGCAUGACAAAAUCAAGCGAACAGUUUGGAGCAGUGCAAACAUUGGAAGAGUUUAUUAAUAAAUAUAUGUUGAAGGGUUGAGUC